AUGGAUGAUCGCCCUAGUCCGAGCCCGAGUGCGAUUCAGUAUAACCUUGAACCGGACUCAGCAAGCCCUCAUUAUCGUGAUCGCAGCCAAACGCCGCCACUCGACGAGGACACUGCCGAGUCAUCAAACCAGCAAAAUGGUAAUGGCGACAAACACAUCACCAUGACUACUCCUUCGCCGGAGCGUUUUCGCCCGUCUUUGCCGGACAGAUUUUCUGCGAGAGAGCAGUCUUCGCGUAGCAUCAGCGAGGCCGUUAGACUUGCAAUGUCCCGUGAAGAACAGCAACAACUUCUUGACGAUGAUGGUGAGGCUGCAGACGACGAUGGAUGCUAUCCGCCUCGCAAAGAUAGCAUCCCUUGGCAACCUAACCCUCAUAGGCAGUUGCCCAUCUACACGACCAUCCAUCGCAUCAGAAGACUCGUGAUUGCAUGCAUUGGUACAUGA